AUGUUUAAUCUCAAUAACCUUGUUUCUCUUGACCUAACAUCUUCUGGUUUUCUAAGUCCACUCCCUGAUGGUCCUUGGAACUUGACAUCCAUUAUCACUCUUAACAUCAGUGAUAAUGAAAUGAAUGGUUCAUUACCUAGUCAAUUGUUUGGUCUUAGUGGUUUGGUAUCUAUGAACCUAAAGAGUCACUUGGCAUCUCUGGACAUAAGUUUCAAUCAAUUGCAAGACCCUUUACCCAGUGGUUUCUCAAACUUGACAUUCCUUAAAAAUUUGGAUGUUUCUGGUAACCGCAUGAAUUCUCACAUACCAAAUCAGAUUUACGAUUUGACCAAUCUAGAGUCACUACGUCUUAGUGACAACCAAUUGCAAGGAACCAUUUCAAAUUCUAUUUCCAAUUUGACAUCUUUGUCUGCCCUUUAUCUCUCUGGAAAUAUGCUUACUGGAGAGAUACCAAAGCAAAUUGGGAAUCUAAACAAGCUGCAAGAGCUUUAUCUCUUUGGAAAUAGGCUUACUGGAGAGAUACCAAAGCAAAUUGGAAAUCUCAACAAGCUGCAAGAGCUUAAUCUUGCAACAAACAGGUUAUGCGGACCUCUUCCUGAGAAUUUGGGGUAUUCAUUUCCAAUGAUUGAAAGGUUGUACAUUUCAGAUAACAAGUUGGAAGGCAUAGUGACAGAAAAUCACUUUGUUAAUCUCACAAAGUUAACCAUUUUAGAUGCAUCUGGAAAUAGAUUAACCAUGCGUGUCAAUCCAAACUGGACACCUCCCUUCCAACUUGAUCAGCUUUAUCUAAGUGGCUGGAAUUUGGGUCCACAAUUUCCUCUCUGGUUGCAAUCUCAACAUCAAAUUUCUUUUGUGGACAUUUCUAAUGCUGGAAUAGAGGGUGAGCUUCCACCUUGGUUAUGGAACUUUUCUUCUCAAAUUUUAUUUGUUAAUGUUUCACACAACCAAUUGCGAGGCCAAAUUCAGAACAUACUAUCUCAUUCAACUAGAGAGAUUGGUAUGCCUUUCUCAGUAUUCUUGAGCUCUAACCAAUUUAUUGGUCCCUUACCUCGUAUUUCUAUCCACAUAAUUGAGUUAGACUUGUCAGACAAUUCAUUCUCAGGAAAUAUUUCUAACUUCUUAUGCCAUGCACAAAAGGUGCAAUAUGACCUCAGAAUACUUCAUUUGGGAGGAAAUGAUUUAUUUGGAGAAAUUCCAGAUUGUUGGAUGCAUUGGCCAUACUUAGAAGUUUUAAAUAUGAAGGAAAACAAAUUGAUUGGAAGCAUUCCAAAUUCCAUUAGGCUUUUGAGUAAAUUGGAAUCUUUGGACAUGCACAAAAACAUGCUUUCUGGCCCGAUACCACUACUGCAAAAUUGCUCCUCCCUAUUGAAAGUUGAUUUGGCUGAAAAUGGAUUCACAGGGAAGAUUCCAAGAUGGUUGGGGACUUCUCUUUCACAUUUGAUAAUCUUAAGGCUCCGAUCAAAUAAGUUUAAUGGUGAAUUGUCUCCAGAGUUUUGUCAUCUUACAUCUCUUCGCAUUUUAGACAUUUCCAAUAACAACUUUUCUGGCGUGAUACCUAAGUGCCUUAAAAAUCUCACUGCAAUGAUCAAUGAAGGGGAGCUCCCAUUACUUAUGGGGUAUUCAUUUUUUGGAAAAAUCUUCGGUGAAAGUGCUCUAGUGACUACUAAAGGACAUGAGUAUGAGUAUUUCACUAUCAUUCUAAAGUUGUUUGUUAGCAUGGAUUUUUCUAAUAACAACUUUAAUGGGGAUAUUCCAAUUGAAUUGACGAAUCUUGAAAAAUUCCAUCAAGCUUCUCAAGUUUGUCAUCGUUGGGUUUUAGACCUGUCCUAUAACAACCUAUCUGGGAAGAUACCUUCAGGUACUCAACUGCAAGGCUUUAAUGCUUCGUGUUACAUUGGCAACAACCUCUGUGGCCCUCCGCUCUCAAAAAGCUGUAGCAGUAUUGAUGAUGGUAAAAUUCCCAAAAAUGAAAGCGAAAGAGAUGAUGGUUGUGAAGUGGAUUGGUUUUAUGUUAGCAUGGUUAUAGGAUUUGCAGUGGGCUCUGGAUCCAUCUAUGGCUCUUUUGUUUCUUGUAAAAUCUUGGAGGAUUGCUUAUUUUAA